AUGUCCUCACCACCCCCUCACCAACCCACUAACCCCCUCAAACGCCCGUCCCUCUCCUCCUCCGCCUCGCAACCCCUCGGCUCCAACCCCAAACGCCCACGCAUGCACCCACUCCGCCAGACCUCCUUCCCCGCCACCGUCGACACAGACCGCGCCUUCAGCGACGCCGGUAGCGUCACGGGCAGCUUCACGGGGAGCCUGGGCGGGACGAGCGCGGACGGGGUGUUCCUAGGGGCCGCGCGGAAGGGCAAACGCGGGAGGAAGAGCAAGGCCGAGAAGGAGCGCGAGCGCGAGCGCGAGCUGCGCGAGGAGGCGGGGAGUGUGCGUGGCGGCGAGGCGCGCGUUGGGUCUGUGGAUGGGGAUGCGAUGUCGGUGAAGGGGGGUGGGGGAGGGCGCGGGGAGGCGGCCGGCGAGGAUGCGGAUGAGGAGGAUGAUUUUGAGUAUGAGGGGGAGUUGUUGGGGGGUGAGGAGGAGGGGGUGAAGGAUACGGAGGCGGAGAAGAAGAAUCUUGCGUUGCUCGUGGAUGCCUUCAAUCCCAUUCAAUCUGAGAGAUAUGAUCUGUUCAAACGGGCCAAGCUACGCAAGGAGACCCUGCGCCGCAUCGUCAACCAUGCCCUCUCGCAGUCUGUACCGGCCAGCGUCGUCACCACCAUCAACGGCUUCACCAAAGUCUUUGCCGGCGAGAUCAUUGAGAAGGCCCGCACCGUGCAGGCCGAAUGGGCCAUUGCGCAUGACCAGGCCGCCCGCGCUGCCUUUGACGCGGAAGAGGCCGCCGCCGAGGCCAGGGCGGCCGAAGCUGCAGCUCGCGCCACGGCCACAGCGGGGACCCCGGUGACGGGCGCAGGUACGCCGGUGCCGGGAUCGCAGGGCUUGCAGCAUUCUCAGCCUCAGUCGUUCGUCAAGCAAGAGCCUUCGGAUAGCAACCGCUCCACCCCCGUCCCUCCUUCAUCUGCCUCUCCCAUGCCGGGCCCGUACCCCCCGUCGCAACAGCAACAGCAACAGCAACAGCAAAAGCCUCCACCCAGACCCAAACGGGAAUUUAAACCCCCGCCCAACCCGCACCGGGGCCAGCUGCUCCCCUGUCAUUUGCGCGAGGCGCUACGGCGGUAUAAACGCGACAGCGAGGGCGGGGGCGUUGGCUUCUCGGGCUUGAGUAUGGGCAAUCUGGGAGUUCGCGGGUCCGUUACUUGGAGCGCGGGCAGCACUGGGGGAAGACGGAUAUUCCGAUCCCACGCCCAUUUCAUCCCCCGAGAAGACAAGUCAACGCACACGCACACGCACACGCACCCGCAUCCGCACCGGUCCACCAAUCUGCUGCCCCUGUCCCAGUCCCCGUCCCCGUCCCCAACGACGGAAGUACUGAUCCACGUACACGAGCACAACCCUCACGACGUCGACGGUCGCCAGCAGAAGCAGGAUCUUGAUGACCAUCUUGGCGAAGAGGAGGAGGCCGGCGGAUGCGAGGACGGGUCGUUCCGUCUGAAUGGCUCCUGGGGCUGGAGCUGCAGCUGGGGCUGGGGCUUUGAGGGCGAUGAGGGCUGUGAUGGUGGUGUUCAUGGCUGCUGA